AAAAAACCUUGGGUUCAAAUUGACAUUGAAGAUUUCCUCGAAUCAAGAAGUCGUGAGUGUGGUGGAGGAAGAGACUGAAUUGGAGCAGCUCGAGUUGUUCCUCGUUACUUGUCUGUUCUCGAAAUUAGAAUGAGGAUAGUUGGACUGACAGGAGGAAUUGCUUCGGGGAAGAGCACCGUCUCUAACCUUUUCAAGGAUCAUGGUAUUCCCGUUGUCGAUGCUGACAUUGUAGCUCGUGACGUUUUGAAGAAAGGAACUGGUGGUUGGAAAAAGGUUGUGGCUGCAUUUGGUGAGGACGUCUUACUGGAAAAUGGAGAAGUUGAUCGCGCAAAGCUAGGUCAAAUAGUAUUCUCUGAUCCGGGAAAACGUCAGCUUCUUAAUAGAUUGCUAGCACCAUUUAUCUCACGUGGGAUUUUAAUGGAAGUUUUGAAGCUGUGGAUGAAGGGUUGCUCCAUAAUUGUUCUUGAUGUUCCUCUUUUGUUUGAGGCCAAGAUGGAUAAGUUUACUAAACCCAUUGUUGUUGUUUGGGUUGAUCCUGAGACACAGCUGCAGCGGCUCAUGACGAGAGAUGGAUCAAUGGAGGAGGAUGCCAAAAGCAGGAUAAAUGCACAGAUGUCUCUGGAUCUUAAGAGGUCAAAGGCAGAUAUUGUGAUUGAUAACACUAGCUCACUUGAGGCGUUAAAUGAACAAUUCCAGAAAGUGUUAACUCAGAUUACAAGGCCUUUGACCUGGACCGAGUUUAUGCUCUCAAGAAAAGGAGCUUUUCUGGUAUUGUUAUCAGUUGUUCUAUUUGCAAAAAAAGUUUAUGAAGGUAAAAUAAUUUGAUCUGAGACAAGGUAUGCAUUUCUGUAUGGAAGAAGAGUUACUCCUUAAUCGAGCUCUACUGUGUAUGUGCUAUUUGUUUUUUAAGAAAAAGAAGCUGUGUAUGUACUUCCAGCAUGAGCUUUUGUGCUUUAUUAGAUACUUGAGAUGUUGAAAUUGAAGUAUGAUAAUUGAUUGUACAUUUUACUGAUUCAAUAAAAGGAGGGAUUAUGAUACAUUUUGGAAUUUCUUUGGA